AUGCGGCGUUUGGGCUUGAUUUCUAGUGCAGCUGCGGCCCAGACUUGCUUGCCUACCAGGUCUGGAAUCAGAUCCAUGGAGGCCGAGGUCAGAAGGCCGCCCAACGUGCAAAUGAGUCGUGAUGACAACAACUUAGAGGAGGGCGUGGUCCCCAACCGAGCGAGCCCAGCCGCAGCCAGACCAGGCUCAUCUCCUGCGUCGCGAUCUGCCUGCCGAUGGAUCCUUGCUUUCAUCUGCAUGUACGACAGCCCGGAACGGCUACAGGUGCACUACCCGCCCCGCUUCAAAGUCUUGUUGACUGUGGUUGUGAUCAUGGCGGCUGCGUGGGUCACAAACUUCUUCGUCAGCGUACAUCCAUUGCUGGAGGAGAACGAUGAUCCACCGGAGUGCAAGUACGCGCUGAAUCAGCUCAAGUACAAUGCACGCGUCCUAUUCGUGUACUUUGUGUGGUUCAGCAUCGCGCGGGCAUCGCUCUUCGUGCCGUGCGUGCUGUCACGAGUAGCCACUGUUCAAUCGCGGACACACGGGUUCUGCCGUACGUACUGCGUGCACCUUCUCAUAAGAGAUGGCCCAAUCUACAUCUUCGUGGUUGGUUCGGUGCUUUUCUGGUUCAAUAUUCUACGCUCACCGAGCUGCGAAGACAGGAGUCCAGAGCUGUUGCUUGGCCUCAUGGAGACAUUUUUGGUGUUGUUAGCUUUCGCUUGCAUUGUCGAAGUCUAUUGGCACAACAAGCUGAUUACGAACACCUUGGAGUUCUACUCUGCUUGGGUGCCGGAGGCAGGUGGAUUGGCUACCGUCAUC